AAAAGAGCUAGCAGAAAAAAGGCAGCAAAAGGAAGGAAAAGUUGAAGAAAAUGUUAAAGAGAAUGUUUGGAUGAAUGUUGAAGAGGAUUUUGAGGUGAAUAUUGAGAGGGAUGUUGAGGUGAAUGUUGAGGAGGAUGUUGAGACAAAUGUUGAGAAGGAUGCUAAGAUAAAUAUUGAGGUAAAUGUUGUUAUAAAUGCUAAGGAGGAUGUAGAGGUGAAUGUUGUUAUAAAUGCUGAGAAGGCUGUUGAGGUGGAUAUUAAGAAGAAAGCUGAGGAAGAGAUUGUGCAAGAUUUAGAAAAGGAUAGUGAGCUUAAUAUAGAGGAGGAUAAUAAGGAUAGAAACAAUGAAGAUGAAAAGACACAUGAAUACUUACUUACUGUAACUCCUAUAUACAAAAUAAAGGAAAAAAGACAUAAAUGCAUUUUUACCAAUACGGCUAAAGGAACUUAUAAGGUUACAAGUUUUUUUAAAGCUGCAAAUGCAUCCUCAAUAAAUGAAGUAUUACCUAUAACAGCAUAUGAAGGAAUUAACCAACUUUAUGAAUAUUUGGUAAAAAAUGGAUGUUUAAUUACAGUCUCUAAAUAUAAUAAAUGUCAGGUGGUUUAUGAGUAUCUUGUAUUGCUGAAGAGCAGGUAUAGAAAAGAAGAAGCAAAGAUUUGGAUACCAGAUGAGAAUAUGUCAUUGCAAAAAAAAGGAAAUAGAAGAUCAAUUAUGGUGAGUAAGCUUCUUUUAGAAGAAUGUAGUCAGUUGAAAUUAAGUGAAGAAGAGGCAAGAAUGCACCCAAACAUUUCUAUAGAAGCAUGUUACUAUCUAAUGCCUGGAAAAACCAAAAAGUUUUCUAAUGCAAUAGCUGUCUUUGCCUUCGACAAUAGUACAAACCAUGGAGCAUAUGCAGAGGAUGCUCUUAUUGCAGCAAGAAUAAAUCUAAAACCUGAAGGAAACCAACCAAAAAUAUUUGAAGAAGAUAAAGAUUAUGAUGAAAAUAUGUGA